AUGCUGCUUUCAAAAGGUCUGAUGGUCGUGGCCCCUGAGUGGGUCUGUGGUAAGUCUAAAGUGGGUCUGUGUGGGUCUGUGGUGGGUCUGAAGUGGGUCUGUGGUGUGUCUGUGGUGGGUCUGAAGUGGGUCUGUGGUGUGUCUGUGGUGGGUCUGAAGUGGGUCUGUGGUGUGUCUGUGGUGGCUCGCUGGUGGACUGGCAGGUAUCUCUGCUUUGCUCUUCUGUGGUGA